UGCUGUGAUGGUGGAUCAGCAGGGGGAACAGGAGUCAUACAAGAUCAUCCUUGCUGGCUUUGGCUACACCGGCAAGACCAGCUUAGUCAGAAAAUACACUGACGGACUCUUCAACGAGGCUUAUGUGGCUACUCUUGGCAGCGACUUCAUCGUUAAACGAAUCCAGCGCGGCAAAAAAGCCGUGGAUCUGAACUUGUGGACUCUACAGGGACAAUGUGACAUAACAACAGUUCCAUCAGUCAACUUUCGGUUCGCAGACGCAGUGGUGAUCGUGUUCGCCAUCAAUGAUGACAAAUCCAUGCUUGUUCUGGACCAGUGGCGCCAGAAGGCGGAAGAGAUAGUGUCUACGGAUACCAUUUUUGCACUGGUGGCCAAUAAGUGUGACAUGAAACGCAUGCAGGAGAAAAACCUGGAAGACAUGGCCGGAAACUUCUACGAUCUCUAUUUCCAGACAUCGGCCAGAACAGGCGAAGGAGUCGACAGUCUGUUCGAGACAGUGACGGACAUGAUUGUGGCUAAGCAGGCCAGCAGGACCGGCAAAAGUCCCGGUUUCAAACUCAGACAGCCCAGCAUACGCAGAAGGAAAACGUCCACAGGCUUCUCAUGUUAAUUGCCACCUAUACCUCAAAGAACAAAAUUGAAUUUAAAGUAAAUUAAGAGCAGUAUUUUGCAAGCGUAGACAAGAGUCAAUCAAAGAUCUUAAUACCUGGAAACAGCCACAAAGAAACGGACAUAAUUCUUUUUCUCAGACUAUAUAAGCAGUUUUUGAUUGCCUACCUAAAAAAAUUUGGGACCUGU